GUCUGGGAUGCGUCACUUAGAUCCAGUUGAAUUCAUGAGCCAGUGGCUUCAAAUUGAUUGAAAGCCUCAAGAACUUCUCCUUUUUCAGAUCAGUCUUAUGUGCAGCUCAAAGAUCAGAAUACAUGGUGACCCGUGCUAAUAGUAACGACAGACAGUUUGAUAGUUCUGUGUGUCAGGAAUAGUUCUGAGGGCUUUGUGUAGGUGCUAACUUUCUUAAACCCCACAACAGACUCCAUGUGUUGAUUAUUAUUAUUAUUAUCCCUAAUUUACAGAUGAGAAAACUGAGGCUUAAAAGGAACUUAAACCAGAGUCAUACACAUAUGCAAAUCCCUGGUGAAGCUAGAAUUCAAACCCCAACAAUCUGGCUCCAGUUUCUGCACUCUUAACUAUUUUAUCAAACUGUCUUUAACCAGGAGAAAUGAAUGGUGUUGUAGUCAUAUGUCUAAAUCCCUUCACAGCUAAGCAGCUGCUAAGAUCUGUUCUUUCCGUAUUUAUCAUAUUUUAUUCAACUGGCCCCUUUGUUGUCAUUCCCGUUGUUGUGGCCAGGUUGGGACAAAAUUAGUAUCUCAGGUUCUUGCCUUUUACUUAGAGAAGAAUUCUAAGCCCAGGCACACACAGCAUGCAGCAUGGUAAGGUUUAUUUAGAAAGUGAGAGGAGUACACAGGCCCAUGAGGAACUCAUUUAGGAAGAGUGGGCCAGGAAAGGUAAAAAGGGGAAUUUCAUACCCUGCUCUACUUGUCCGGGGUCCACGAGGUAAGGAGAGAGAAAAAAGAUCGCGCUCUCCCCUUCUCCAGGGUUCUUAUUAGCUUUGAAAAGAGGAGAGGUUACAUGGUACUGCCCCGGAGUCCCAGGUAAGGGGAGGUGCAUCAUUUUUUUUUUUUUUUAAGAUUUUGUUUAUUUACUUGAAAGAGUUACAGAGAAGCAGAGGCAAAGAGAGAGAGAGAUGGAAGUCUUCCAUCUGCUGGUUCACUCCCCAAAUGGCCAGAGCUGAGCUGAUCCAAAGCCAGGAGCUAGGAGCUUCUUCUGGGUCUCCCACAUGGGUAUAGGGGCCCAAGCACUUGGGCCACCUUCUAUUGCUUUCCCAGGCCAUAGCAGAGAGCUGGAUAGGAGGUGGAGCAGCCGGGACUUGAACUGAUGCCCAUAUGGGAUGCCGGCACUGCAGAUGGCCGUUUUAUCCACUACACCUCAGUGCCGGUCCAGGGAGAUACAUCCUGGAGAGGGGUCAUCUGAUUGAUGAUAGGAUUACAUGGGGGUGGGGAAGGUGUGGCCUGCAGCUCAUGAACUUAAUCUGUCUCGAUGACUUUUCCCAUUUCACCAUUGCCCUAGUUUAGAUCAUCAUCUUUUGCCUGAAUGAUUGCAGUUCUUACUAUAUCAUCUAUAGCAGAGGUUUUCAACUCUGGCUUUGUGUUAGAAUUCCCUAGAGAACUUUUUUAAAAUAUUGAAAUCUGGGCCACACUCCAGACCAAUUAAACGAGAAUUUCUGGGAAUGAGCCCUGAGUAACAGGACAGUGUAAAAUCUUCCCAACUGCUGCUGAUGAACAGGAACAUUGAGGCCCACAGUCAGUCUAUAGCUUCUCCCCAUUCCUGUCUGCAUGGUCUACUAUGUUCAGAUUGGAGAUCAGGCAUCUCUCUAUGCAGAACUUUGAGUAGUUCCCAUCAGUUAAGUUAUUGAUACUCCAGGGUGUGUCGUCUCUCAGUUUUAGCAUCAUCUGCAAUGUUAUAAAUGCACUCUCAGGCCCUAUCCCAGACCUACCAUAGCCGGAUACCCAUGUGAUUUGUGUACAUGUUGAAAUUUGAAAAGUGCUGCUAUAUUCACCAAGAUGCACACUUCUUGGCUUAGUCUUCAAGCCCUUCUAGCAUACCUGGCCUUGACCAGCUUUCCAAUGUUAUUUUUUGUCUCUGUUCUACCUCACCUUAGCCAAAUAGAACAUUCACUCCAGUAGGUUGUGGCCAUCAUGUUAUUUGAAUUUCUGUGCCUAAUCUUCACAUCUCUGCAUGUCUAAGCCGUAUCUGUGUUGUAGGGCCCAUCUCGUAUGUUCGCUCUUUCAAGAAGAAAGGCCCAUCUCAUAUACUCUCCCCUCUUGAAGAAAGAAUGCCCUUCAGCUUCUGAAUUCUUACAACAUUUUAUUUGGUCUUCUCUUAGGGCAUUCAGCAUUGUUUGACUUAUCUUCCCUUAUAUUAUGUUUGUCUGAGUCAUCUUUUAGUGUCCCCCAGUGCCUAGCUUAAUAUGUGGUAUAUAGUAGUUACUGAUUAAAUGUUGUAGAUUGGGUAAAGGAAUGAGUGAAUUUAAGAAUUAAUACCAUGGUCUGGGGAAGGGGCGGCAGGCGCCAUGUCCGGCCGGGAAGGUGGCAAGAAGAAGCCCCUGAAACAACCCAAGAAGCAGGCCAAGGAGAUGGAUGAGGAAGAUAAGUAUUUCAAGCAAAAACAGAAAGAGGAGCAGAAGAAACUCGAGGAGCUAAAAGCGAAGGCGGCGGGGAAGGGCCCCCUGGCCACAGGUGGAAUUAAGAAAUCUGGCAAAAAGUAAGCUGUUCCUUGUGCCUGAAGUGAUGACGCCUUUGAUUGCAUUCCUAGCUAAACAUCUCGAUUCCCGGCCGUAACAUCUUAUGCCACCCGUAGUUAGAAUGAAGUGUUAAGAGUUUAAGUGUUAACUUGGAGCCUGUUGUACAUUUACAAAUAAAAUUUUGUAAAAAGGGGAAUAAACCCCACUGUACUGUAGCUCACUGUCUUAGUUGUUUUCACUCAGCCACUCCCAGCUGUGAAUUUAAAGUAAACCCAGCUGAGAACCCUUCCAGAGUCUGCUCUUUGCUCUCCAAAUUCUGUGUCACCUGGAAUUAAACCACGGCAUUGGAAAGGCAAAAAAAAAAAAAAAAAAAAAGAAUACCAAAAAUAUCUUAUUUUAUCCUAUUUUGUUUUUUUUUUAUUGCUCUAAAAAUGGUGUGCAAAUUGUCCUUUACAAACCAACUCAGAGCAAUGUCUGGAGGUUAGGAAUGAGAAUGUCAUCCUGCUAACACUCAACACAAGCCAGCAGGAAGAUUUCCUCCCGAGGUUUUCUCCCUCAGAGUCCCUUAUCUUUCCCAAGUUCUAUUCUUUUCUGAUAAGAGAAUCAUCUGAUAAUAAAAUGUUAUUUUAGUGUGUGAUAAAUUAAGACUGGAGGGAGGAAUCAUUUACAUUAGAAAAUGAUUCAGAGUUGGAUUUGUUCUGUUAGUAAGCUCCCCUUAAGUUUAAAAUAACAUUUGAGUUUUAGUACUAUAUCAUAUUCUCAGCUUAAGGACAUAUUUAUUACGAAUUAAGGUAGAGAUAUGUUAGUCUCCUAAGUCAUCUGAAUGGUUCUGAUUAAAAUCAUAUGCAAGGAACACUCUUUUCUUCAAGGCUGGAAGAAUUUAUUUCCCUUCUGGUAAAGCUGGCACCUGCUGUCAUUUUCUUUUCAAUAACCAGUGAAUAUUUAUUGGACCAACUUUGUGCUCAGUGGAAUAAGGUGUUGGAAUACACAAGUGAAGUUUAUUGUGUGUAUCCACAGGGGGUUCAUAUCUGGUUGGGGAGAAGAGUUUUUGAAUACAGGAAACUGUAGAGGAUAAAGCAGUAGUAAACUUAUUAAGAGAUCAUUGGUGUUCUCUAGAGCAUUGUUCUGAUAAGAGAUCAGAGAUAGGUAAAGGAUCAAGAAUACUCAUGAGCGUUUUCAUGAAGUAAGAGGGACUUAGAUUAAACUUCAAAGGUAGAUUUGUGAAGAAGAGAGAACAGUAUGUACAAGUGAGAGGGUGAAGGAAUGUUUGGUGGUAAGAUGGUAUGGGGGCUAGUGUGGGACCCAGCUUCAUUAAACAGGUUCUAGGGCAGGAGUUUGGUGCAUCAGUUUUGGUACAGCAUCCCAUAGUGCAGUGCUAGGAUACAAGUCUCUGUUCCUUUCCUGACUCCAACUUCCUGCCAAAGUGUACCCUAGGAUGCAGCAGAUGAUGGCUCAGGUAAUUGAAUCCCUACCACCCACAUGAGAGACCUCUCUCUCUCUCUCUCUCUUUCUUUCUCUUUGCCUCUCAAAUAAAAUAAAAAAGGGGAGAGAGAAGAUGCUUUUGCAUUCAUCCAACUAAUACCCAUUGUGUAUCCCUUGACCUCUUUUCAUUGGGUCUUGAAUAUAGCAGGGAAAAAGCACUGUCUCUUCUUAAAAUAGAACAAGGAAGAAAACAUUGGGCGAAUCACACAAUUAGAUCUAUAUAUUAAGUUGGAGUCAGUGCUGUGGAGGGAAAGUACACAGUGGUACAUGAACCUAGAAGAGGGGGACUUCUCCACUUCUUUUGCUGUCUUAUCAUGACUGCUUUACUCCAGUAGUGUCCUGUCUGAUCUUAUCCUGAGUAACAAUCUACUUACUGAACAAACCCCUUUUAAAUAUCUACUGAGUCUGAGUCUUUAAAAUGUGCUCUGGGUUGAUUCCUAUGGGGACUAAGAUAAGCUCUGGGAUUUCUGGUUAGCAGGGAAAAGAGGCAUGAAAAUUAUAUAAUGUGAAAAGGGCUUUAAUAGAAAUGUGAGAACAUAGAUUUUUUUAAGAUUUAUUUAUUCAUUUGAAAGGCAGAGUUACAGAGAGGCAGAGGCAGAGAGAGAUCCUUCCACUGGUUCACUCCCUGAGUGGCCACAACAGCUGGAGCUAGGUUGAUCUGAAGCUAGGAGCCAGGAGCUUCUUCUGGUUCUCCCAUAAGGGUGCAGAGCCCCAAGGACGUUUGCCAUCUGCUGCUUUCCCAGACUAUAGCAGAGAGCUGGAUCAGAAGUGGAGCAGCAGAACUCGAGUUAGCACCCAUAUGGGAUACCAACACUGUAGGCGGCAGCUUUACCUCCACAGCACUGUACCAGUUCCAGUCCUGGCUCCUCCACUUCCAAUCCAGCUGCCUGCUAAUGUGCUUGGGAAAGCAGUGGAAGAUGGCCCACAUGCUUGGGCCCCUGCACCCAUGUGGGAGACUAAGAAGAGGCUUCUGUCUUCAGCUUGGCCAGCCACGGCUGUUGCGGUCAUUUGGAGAGUGAACCAGUGUAUGAAAGGUCUCUCUAUCUCUUCCUCUCUCUUUGCAAUUCUAUCUUUCAAAUAAAUAAAUAAAAAUUUUUUUAAGUAGUAGAAGUUAUGGUCACAUAAGUAGAAUAAACCCAAAUGAUGGCUCCUUGACACCUAAUAGAGAAAUCAGAUUUGAUGUGGUAGUGUGGUAGUCAGCCCUCUGGGUUCUUGUAUGGUAAGAGAGACAGGAAGAAAAGUGUGGUGAAAGAAUGAAUAUUUAUGCUAGAGAAGGCUAACCUGGAGAGUUUUAGGGGUUAUCACAUAAUGUCAUAGCAAAAAAAUAAAAAAAAAAAAAUGAUUGAUGGAGAGGAAGGCAUGUAUUCAAGAAGUAUUUAAGAAACUAGACAGGACAAGAUGACUUGACUGAGUAAUGAACCAUAAUAAUCAAAAGUCAUCCAGUGUCUGUAAUCUGUUGACAUAGAAGAAUUGUGGCUCCUGUAAUAGAUGUGGGAUUGUUGAGGGAAGAUCUGUUUUGGAUGGUGAUCCUACUUUGGGCAUGUUGGGUUUACGGCCAUGGGACACCUGCAGGCAUCCAGGUGGAGCUGUACUGCUGAGGUAGGACGGUUUGACUGGGGAUAGCUGGAGGAAUCUUCGGUAUAAAAGUGAUUGUGGGGGCUGGCGCUGUGGCGUAGCCAGGAUGCCCUGGCCUGAAGCGCCGGCAUUCCAUGUAGGCACCAGUUCAAGUCCAGGCUGCUCCACUUCCGAUCCAGAUCUCUGCUGUGGCCUGGGAAGGCAGUGGAGGAUGGCCCAUGUGCUUGGGCCCCUGCACCCGUGAGGGAGACCCAGAGGAAGCUUCUGGCUCCUGGCUUCGGAUCGGCGCAGCUCUGGCCGUUGCGGCUGGCUGGGGAGUGAGUGAGCCAUCAAAUGGGGGACCUCUCCUCUCUCUGUGUAACUCCGACUUUCAAAUGAAUAGUAGGUAAAUCUUUAAAAAAAUUAAUUGUGGAAUAUAGGAAAAUAUAUGAACUCAGGAAAACAAAAGAGAACAAAAUCCAAGCUCAAGGCUUAGGGGACACCCAGUGUUAGAGGGUAGUGAAAGUUACUACUAGGAGAGUAGUGAAGUUACCUAAAGUGAGAAAGGUUUUUUUUUUUUGUUUGUUUGUUUUUAAUAAGAUUUUUUUUGUUUCAAGAUCUUCCAUCUUCCCAUUCACUCCCUAAAUGUUUAUAGUAGCCAAGUCUGGACCAGGCUGAAACCAGAAGCUAGGAACUCCAGCCUGGUAUCCCACAUGGGUGGCAGGAACCCAAGCACUUGGAUCUAUAACUGCCUUCCCAGGUGCAUUAACAGGGAGCUGGAUUGGAAGUGGAACAGCCAGAGCGUGAACCUGCUCUCCAAUAUAAGAUAUCAGCAUUUCAAGGGACGGCUUAACCCACUGUACCAUAAUACUAACUCUAAGAGAGACUUUUUUUUAAGGCAGUUAAAAGGAUAAAAGUUAUGUUAGGAUAGUGUUGUUUCAUAGACUAGAAGUGUUUGUAGUAGAUCUUUAAAAGUUAAUCCCAGCAAUUUCUUAUUGAUACUUUCUCAUGUAUAAAGCAUUGUGAGAGAUGCAAAGAUGACUAAAAUGAGCCCCAGCCCCAGGGAUUUUCAAUCAUUUAGAGUUUAGAGUUAGAAAUUACUGUUUUUCUAUAGUUCAAAAAUGCUCACAUAGUGGCAGUUUCAUGUGGUACCACCUAAUAGAAGAGACGAGACAUAAACUUUUGUAUGUAAUUUAUUCCUUAAAAUGUUUGUAGAAGUUAGAUGGUGAAAUGUCUAACUACAGUUUUAGCUGGGUCCUAUUAUAAGUAUUUAUAUGUAAAAUUUUGAAUCAUAUUCACAUGUUGUAUUUUCA